CCAGGUUGUUACUCAUCUCUCAAGGACCAUACACACUUCCCCAACUCCCUCCCUAAAUUCGGCCUAACCACAUUCAACCCUUACUCCCACUUCUUUCCUUUUCCUCAACCAUGUCAAACCCAUCCCGAAGCAUGUCUCAUGAAGAACUCGUAGCCGCAAACACUGCCUUGCAAGCUCAGAUGGAAUACCUAGCCAAAGAAGUGGCUAAGCUCACGAAGCAAAAGAUGUCCAUGUUACAAGAUAGUGAAGAUGAAGAGGAAGCUAGCUCUAGUAACACCAUGAGAGCUAGGGCUCAUGAAAAGUCCCAUUCUGACUUCAAAGUUGAUAUUCCAAUCUUUGUAGGAAAGAAUGACCCGGAUGAAUUUCUUGAGUGGUUAGAGACAGUGGAACGAGUCUUUGAUUUCAAAGAAGUCUCCGACGACAAGAAGGUCAAGAUUGUGGCCUUAAAAUUCCGCAAGUACGCCUCCACUUGGUGGACGAACACCUGCACCAAACGGAUUCGAAGUGAGAAGCCUCCUGUUGACUCAUGGCAAAAGAUGAGGAGUCUCUUGAAGAAGAAGUUCCUACCCACUGAAUAUUCCCGAGAGAACUUUGCUAAGCUUCAAACGCUUAGGCAAGGUACGAAGUCAGUGGAAGACUACACCCGGGAGUUCGAGGAACUCCUACUCAUGUGUGACUUGCAAGAGAACGAAGGGCAAACCUUUGUUUGGAGAAGCAUAGAGGUCGGAUGGUCAGCUCCUACUAUGACAAAUGAAGAUGGAGAACUAAUUCAGAAACCUUAUGAGAGAUUCAGCAAGAAAGAAAAGGAUGCUACUGAAUCGAAUGAUCAGGCUUUGAAUACAAUCUUCGGAGCAGUUGACAGAAACCAGUUCCGUCUUAUCUCAAACUGCACAGAGGCCAAGAGAGCUUGGGAUAUUUUGCUUAUUACUCAUGAAGGCACUACAACAGUCAAGACUGCCAAACUUCAGAUUGUGAUGUCCAAAAUUGAAAAUCUUAAGAUGGAGGAUGCUGAGUCUAUCACAAAUUUUCAUGGGCGGCUGAUGGGGAACUUAGAAACCAUUGAGUUGGAGAUGCAUGAAGAUCUACGACGUAAAAGACAGCAUGUCAUCCUCGUUGAAAAAGAGAAGCAGUGUGUUAAAGACAGUGCUGGAACGUGCUGUGCUUUUCCAACUUUCCAUAGUGUUGACGGUGACUCUGAUAGUGACGUGGAUCCAAAGGAGAUGCUUAUAAUUGUUAGAAUAAUAGACCAACGCUAGAGGGGGGGUGAAUAGCGUUUGAUCAAGAAAUCGCAGGAAUAAAAAAUGAAUAAACGAGAAGUAAAGAGGCACACCGAUU